AGUAAAGAAUAACAGAAAAUAAUAAUUUAUCAUCACACCCCCAUUUUGCCCCCUCUAUUAUUCUAUUUCAACAUUCAACCAUAAAGCUAAAGUUUUCAGUCCUUGUAUUGGAGACUGGAAACAUUACCCUAUUUUUAUUUUUCCAAAAAAUCAUUUAUAAAAAUAUAUAUAUAAGCAUGAUUUCAUCACUACCCUGUAUUUAUAACUCCAUACCCACAUGCCCAAAUAUACUCUAUAGUUUUUUUUUCAUUUAUUUAUUCUCCUCAUAUUCAUGCAUAGAAAUUGAAGCUUGUCAGAAUUUAUAAAUCCAAGUAUUAGGAAGCUGCAAUAAGAAGAGAAUAGAAAAAAAAAAGUUGGGAAAUGGUGAAUUUUUAUUAUAUUUUUCUUUAGAAUAGUGAUAUUUUUGUUGGAUGGAUACAAAAAUUAAGAAUAAAUUAAUUUUCUUGUUUUGAUCAUCAUAAUAGAAGAAGACAAGAAGAAGAAUUAAAGCAAUGUAAUAGAGAUUUGAUAGAAGAAGAAACAAAUAAUAUGGCUUCUUCUUCUUGUUCUUGGUGGUGUAGUGAGAUCUCAAUCUCAUUCUCAUUCUCACCAAUCAUUUCUUGUUUUGUUUGUUUUCUUCUUCUUCUUUUUUCUUUAAUUUCUCCGGUUUAUUCGGCGUCGGAAAAUAUUACGGGUCGUCUGAAAAAUCAAACUUUCCGACCUGAUCAAGAGUUACACAAGCUAAAGAUCAUUAAAGAACAUCUCAAGAAACUCAACAAACCUCCUGUCAAGACAAUUCAGAGUUCUGAUGGAGAUGUUAUAGACUGUGUUUUAUCUCAUCAGCAGCCAGCUUUUGAUCAUAUAAAAUUAAAAGGCCAAAAACCAUUGGAGGCGCCGGAAAGACCAAAAGGGCAUAAUCCGACAGGAAUGGUGUCGGAAAAUUUUCAGUUAUGGAGUUUUUCAGGGGAGACAUGUCCUGAAGGGACCGUUCCGAUCAGAAGAACAAAAGAAGAAGACAUGUUAAGAGCUAGUUCUGUUCGGAGAUUUGGACGGAAAUUAAGAAGACAUGUUCGAAGAGAUACUAAUAGUAAUGGCCAUGAGCAUGCAGUUGGAUAUGUGAGUGGAGAUCAAUAUUAUGGUGCCAAAGCAAGUAUAAAUGUGUGGGCACCCAGAGUUUCCAAUCAAUAUGAAUUCAGCUUAUCUCAAUUGUGGGUCAUUUCUGGUUCAUUUGGUGAUGAUCUUAAUACCAUUGAAGCUGGUUGGCAGGUUAGCCCAGAACUAUAUGGGGACAACUAUCCCAGAUUCUUUACAUAUUGGACUACUGAUGCAUAUCAAGCAACGGGAUGCUACAAUUUACUAUGCUCAGGAUUUGUCCAAACUAACAGUAAAAUUGCAAUUGGAGCUGCCAUCUCUCCAACUUCUGCUUAUGCUGGUGGUCAAUUUGAUAUCAGCUUAUUGGUCUGGAAGGAUCCAAAGCAUGGAAAUUGGUGGCUAGAAUUUGGAAAUGGGAUAUUAGUAGGUUAUUGGCCUUCAUUUUUGUUCACUCACUUAAGGGAUCAUGCAAGUAUGGUCCAAUUUGGUGGAGAAACUGUAAAUUCAAGGGCUUCAGGAUUCCACACUUCGACUCAAAUGGGCAGUGGUCAUUUUGCAAGAGAAGGCUUUGGAAAAGCUUCAUAUUUCAGAAAUUUACAAGUUGUUGAUUGGGAUAAUAAUUUAAUUCCCUUAUCUAAUUUAAGGGUAUUGGCUGAUCAUCCUAAUUGCUACGAUAUUCAAGGAGGAAUUAAUCGAGUUUGGGGUAAUUAUUUUUACUAUGGGGGUCCAGGAAGAAAUGUUAAAUGUCCCUAAGGGUAUAUAGGGUGGGGUUUAAUUUUUUUUACUUUUUUUUUUGUUUUUUUGUUAUUAUUUUGGGGUGAUAUUGGUUUCUUCUCAAGAUCAUUGGUGAGUUUUGGGUUAUUCUUAUAUUUAAUUAAUUACCUUGUGUAUUCUUUUUUUCAUCUUUUUGCCCCUUAACUAACAAGUGGUUAUUAAUUUCCUCAAAAAAAAAAAAACAAGUGGUUAUUAAUGCAGUGCCUCCUUAGGGACUUAUGUAAAUUUAGAAAGAAAAACAAAUCAAAUGAAUAUACUAUUUAUUGCUUGUGA